CCAACCCAGUGGUAUGUUUUAUUUUAAUUGAUUGUUAAAGUUGUUAGUGGUCCACGGGUCUAGAUCAGUGGCCCAUGGCCUUUUGCUGGUAGUUGUCGAAUUAGGAGGCGUCUUCUAGUAUAUGUACAAGGAAGUGGAUGGUUGUUGGGGAUCUGGAAAAUAUUCUGGAACCUUUGUGAAGAUUUGAUUUGUGUAUGGAGGUUGGAAGCCCUCGAAGUUUUCCUUAUCAAUGCAUAUGAGUCUAUGAGACUCUUUAUCAAACACUUUCGCUGUGUUUAUUAAUUCUUCUGCAAUCAAUACAUUACAUUCCGCAGCUAUCCUUUUUACAUCACAGCAGGUUGAGUAGAAUUUACAGAGGUUUACAAGGAGAUUCAUUACAAGUGGUAUCUAGAACCCACGAUCUUGCCAUGGAGUUGAGUAAUGCAGAACUUCAAGUAUGUUUUCAAAAUUAUCACUGUGCACUCUAUGAUGAAUUGUAUAGAGAUCCUGGAGAAAUGGUCCUUACAGUGAAAUUUUCAAAUGGAAAAAAUUUAAAAAUCUUAGUUGAACCUUCCUUUACAAUUUAUUAUGUGAAGCUGAACAUUGAAUACGCACAUGGAAGACAUAUCUAUCCAUUGGACCAACAAAUAUUGAAGGAUGGAGAUGUUCUUCUGGAAGAUGAGAUUGAGUUAACAGACAAAAAUAUUGAGAACUGGUCAUCUUCUUCUGGAUAUGAGGAGGGAAGAAUUUGGCUAAAAAAAUUUAGAGGAGGGAGUAGAAAAGUCAGUUACGAAUUCAAUCGAAGAAACACAAAAAUCCGCAUGGCAUGAGGAAAAUGGUGCGAAGGAUGAUGAAAUCAUGGAGAAAGGAAAAAUAAAUACAGUAGAGGUGGAAGAGAUAAUAGCAGUGCCCAGGGAAGUAGUUCCCAAAGAAAUCCCUCUUCCCUCUGCUCUCAGAAAUCCAAAAUUAAUUUCGCUUUCACUUUUACUUUCAGAUCUCUAUUCCCCUUCAAUGGUCGCACUUAACAAAAACCACGUUAUGGUUGUUAAAGGAGGAGAGCCAGCAUUUGGGAUGAAUGGCAACACCAGGUGGGAGAUUGACCUAGGCAGAAUUUAUUUCCGUUGUCUCCGUUUUUUGUUUCCUCAACCAAUUUUUGGGCCUGUGAGGGAAGCGCAGAGUCAUCUCUUUUCCUACACUUUCUCAUGAAACAAACAUAUAUUCUCCAAUCUCUUAACUUCUUUCCACAUGUUUUACCCAUUAAUCUAUCGGGACACUCUAAAAGCAUGUGGCUGGAGCAUUUUCCUGGUGAGAGGAAAAUUCCCUACAGCAUUCUCCCAUCUCUAACCUCACGGGAGACUAUUACAUUGAUCCAAUCCCAUCCAAACCAGUUCCAUGACCUCCAAAUCAGCACCAUCGCCCAUGUGCAGGCUGAGGGCCAAGACCUGCAAGGUAGCUCACCCAACCAGGAGCGCCUCAUCUUCAACGGAAGGCAGCUCGAGUUGAUUCUCUGGAUUGGAUCUUCAAGGGAAGGUAGUUCCUCAGCCGUGGUGCAACAAUACAUGGAGGAAGCUCCUUCUCAUUCUCUGCUGGAGACCGAUUCAGUGCUCGGUGCUCAACUGAUGCUCAAGGCCGGUGACUCUACCUCUCUCAAUUUGAUCUAUAUGAAUCCCGCUAUGGAUUUCAAUUCAUCUCAUACGCUAAUUCUAGGUGGAAAGUCGACGGCCGAAAAUGAGAUCACUAAAUCUAUAAAAAGUACUAACGCUCUGAAGUUGCUUGACAAUGGCGAGGUUUCAAUACAUUUGCAAUCGGAGUUGGAGAGACCAUUGAAAGAAGACGAAUACUCUUUUAGCAUCGAUUCCUUCAUGAAUUUUCUUUCGACUAAUCAGUUUGGCAGAUUCCUCAUUUGGUCUCCGGGGUUGCCUUCUACGCACGAUGUUGUUUCUCGCAAUUUUUGUGAGCUUCCAAUUGGUACGGUUUGUGUUGCCGAUGUUCAGUCAAGAGGACGAGGUCUAUCAAAGAAUGUAUGGGAUUCUCCAAUAGGUUGCCUUAUGUUCUCUUUUAACGUACAAAUGGAGGAUGGGCGAACUGUGCCUCUUUUGUAGUAUGUUGUGUCUCUUGGUAUCACAGCAUUUUCCACAUCUCUUCUACUUUCAACCUUUGAGUCUUGGCUUGUUGCAGAACACAAUAAGUGGGGUUCUCUCCUUGUUGCAAGUGGUCUUUCGUUUCUUUACAUUGCCAUUAAAUUUUUUAAGCCUUGCUAUGGUGGUAUUGAACGAGAUGUAAAAAAUUGGGAACUCUUCUGGUGCGUAGGUGUUGGUAGUUGGGCUAGACUUAUUAUUGGAGUUGUAACUUAGUGCCACUCUAGCAAUGCAUACAAUCGAGUGAAGGAUGUUGUUGAUUCCUACCCGACUAGAGUUUCUAUUAAGGCCAUUUUUGGCCUUGCAGUGGGUUACAAAUCUAUCAAUAUUCCUAUCUUUUCAAUUGCUGUUAGCACCGAUGUUGGUUUCAGUUUUGCCACUAUGCCUGGUAUUGCUAUAGCUGAUUUUGGAAUGCUGAGUACCACAGCUACUGGAUCGGCCAUUGACGUAUUAUGGUCCAAUUAAUGAUCAGGUUCGAGACACUGCUUUUGAGAUCCAGGUAUCUAUGGUCAUGUCCAAGGAGCUAGUGUACACAUCUGAUAUGUUUCAUAUAUUUGAAAAGAUUGAUGGCAUCUCUUUUGAGACAAUGUUAUUGUGGUGGAGCAUGAAGGAGAGGCAUAAUUGCUUUUCAAAAUUCAGGAUCUAUUUUGAUAAAGUUUCUUUAGCUCUACUCAGUGCAUUGGGGGAUGCUCUAGCAAAUCUGCACCAGCCCAUUGUGGCCGAGACCCUAUUAUAUUCCUUGAAAAUCCAUUUGAAUAAGACCUUAUCAGUAUCACCUCUUGGUUUCAGCACUUACAUUGCCUCAAGAGCAAAACAGACAUGUCCUAGUUCCACCAUUUC